CACACAUUACCAGAGAUGAGGAAGAAGGAAUGUUUGUCUGUUGUUAGUUGUUUGUGUAAACAAAUAUUUGUGUGUUUUAGCAAUUCUACAGAUUUAUUCAUAAUCUUUUUGUACCACAGGUUUGGCAGGAAAAACUCUCUUCUGGUGUCCUAUGUGACAACGAGUCUCUUCGGAUUUACAAGCGCUCUGUCAUAUAAUUUCAUCAUGUUUGCUGUCAUGAGGUUCCUGACAGGAUUUGGAAUUGCCGGAAUAAGUAUAACCAGCAUCGUCCUUUGUAUUGAAUGGGUGGACAUCAAGCAUCGAACUAAAGUUGGCGUCUUAAUGAGUCUGGACUGGAGCAUUUUUACGGCUCUGCUUCCUGUUGUGGCCUAUUUUGUGAAUGACUGGAGGGUCCUCACUGCCACAGCAACCUCCCCGCUGAUUCUGGCAAUGAUUUCUUGGUGGUGGCUCCCUGAGUCUGCCAGAUGGCUGAUAAGUAAUGGAAAGAGUCUGUCGAAUGUAAUACUUGUGGAAAAUGAAAACAGAAAAUAUUCCUAUUUGGACCUUGUGAGGACCCCCAGAAUGAGGAGACUGGCUAUACUCACUGCCAUUGUCUGGUUUGGAGUGGCCAGCACGUAUUACGGAAUCAUUUUCAAUGUCUCUGGAUUUGGUUUGAACAUCUAUAUCACACAGUUGAUCUACGGCUUGAUUGAACUUCCAGCCAAAGCAUUAAUCUAUUUUGCUAUGAACAAAGUAGGCCGAAGGUCGAGUCAGGGUGGAGCGCUUGUUCUGACUGGACUGUGUAUAUUUUGCAACAUGUUUGUCCCUCAAGAUAUGGGGCUCUUUCGGACAGCUGUGGGAGCUUUGGGCAAGAUGUUUGCAGAGGCAUCUUUCACAUGUGUAUAUCUGUACACAACAGAGCUUUACCCCACAGUAAUGAGACAAAAUGGAUUGGGGUACAGCUCGUUCAUGGGCCGUAUAGGCGUGUCUAUUUCUCCCCUCAUCAUCCUCCUUGAAGAAGUGUGGGGCCAUUUACCGAGUACCAUAUUCUCUCUGGUGGCGUUCACUGGAGGGCUGACAUGUUAUCUUCUUCCUGAGACACAAAACAUCCGUUUACCAGAGACCAUUGAAGAGGUGGAACACCCAAGAAGAAGAUCAAUCUCCGCAUCUGAUGAAAAAUCACAACCCUGAACAAGUGCAAACAAAGGCCAAUUAUUAGAGUUGCCGGGCAUAUAAGUGUUGGUAGUAUGUUUUUGAUUCAUAAAAGAAUAAACAAGCAAGUGUUUUUUUAAAAAUAAUCGCAACCUAUAUAUCUUUCUUAAAAAUAAUAUUUUAAUAAAUGUGCUGUGUUUAAGAGUCCCACACAGGAUAAUAUAAAUUGAACAAGCCAGAUUCUCAGAGGCAAGGCGUGGCGGGACAUGUUUGUCUGCAAGUGCAAUAGUCAGACAGUCUGUGAGAAUGGAUAUGAAGGGUUAGAGUUUUCAACUACCAGGUGGUCUCCAUUGUUCCCACAAAUUCAUCCAUCUUUCCAAAAUAGCAUUCACUGUUUUAUAUGAUAUGCACAAUUCAUACAUUUUUUGCUAAACGCUAUACUCGUUUUUUCAUACCUGAAAAACGAAUAAGUGUGAUGGAAACUUCUGGAUUAAUGGAGACGAAACUUUGAGAGACACAGGGAGAGCUGGAGCUUUGAUGGCAAACACUGAAGGUUUAUUAUGAAGUUAACGUCCAGAGAACUGACAAGAUAUGUGCUGCAGCCACGAGGUGACACAGCAGUAGCCGAACCAAUUCUGAAGAUCUCCAUGUCAGACCCAUGUAUUUAGCUGGUUCUGAGAGAAUAAUUAACUUUGUGCAUAACAAGAUAAAACAGGCAAAGCACUAUAACACCUCUGUCAGCUGAUGCCAACAGGCAGGAAUAAGGAGACAACACACUGAGAGCACAGAACCUAAGGUUGCAGGCCUGUGCAGUGAGGGCAGUACAAACUGAUAAACAGGGUCAAAGGUGUGGGCCUAGGAAAAUAUUUCCCCAACAAUAAGUAGUGUAUGUAUCAUUAGUAAACAAACAUUUCAUUGAUAAAGAAUUUGAUUAUGUUGUAUGUGUGUGAAAAAUAUUAAGGUCACUUUAUUAUUUUUGAUAGUCCUUUGUGUAAUCACUCUAGUCUAUAUCAUCAAAUGAAGGUAUAAAACACCAAAUAGGUAUAUUUUUUAAGAACAAAUAUGAAAUUCCAGAAUGAAUGUGUUUACUGUUCAUUUAGGAAGAGUUGUGUCAUUUUUGUAUUGAUUAUAUGUUUUGCAAUUAAAAUGUGUUCUUCA